UGAAACUUUUACGCCAGCUAGAGGUGAUCAGGCAACCAGAAAUACCGAUGGAUGUUUGAAAACCUGUAUUGCUUUGCUUUCUUAUCAAUUACUUUGACGUAAAAUAAACAGUAUUUAUUCCUUAAUUAAUUCUGGAAAGAUUGAGAUAACCCUAGGCCCCCCAGCCGAGAAUUGAUAAUCAUAGGAAUAAAUAAAAGAACAACUUGAAUUUCGAUCACUUCAUUAAUAGUUCUCCUGUAUUUGAAAAUACUUCUAAGAAUUAAGUUGCCAUGGAAACGAAGAAGAUAGCUCUUUUAUCAGUAUCUGACAAAACUGGACUCCUUGAAUUUGCAAAGCAAUUGAAUAGUUUGGGAUUCACUUUAGUAGCCAGUGGUGGUACAGCAAAGUCAGUGAGAGACACUGGUAUACCAGUAAAAGAUGUAUCUGAGAUAUCUGGUGCCCCUGAAAUACUAGGUGGUCGUGUAAAAACAUUGCAUCCAGCUGUACAUGGGGGCAUUCUGUCUAGACUGAUUCCCUCUGAUCUAUCAGAUCUCAAAGAACAAAAGAUCGAUCUAAUCCAAAUUGUUGUUUGUAACUUGUAUCCAUUUGUGAAGACUGUUAGUAAUCCAAAUGUCACAAUAGACGAUGCUGUGGAAAAUAUAGAUAUCGGAGGUGUCACCUUACUAAGAGCUGCUGCUAAGAAUCAUGCAAGAGUUACAGUUGUGUGUGAUCCAAAAGAUUAUUCUACCAUUGUUAACGAGCUAAAAAGUUCCUCCAAUCAAGAUACUACAUUGAAUACCAGGCAGCUGUUGGCUCUCAAAGCAUUCACCCAUACCUCUGAAUAUGAUCUUGCCAUCACAGACUACUUCAGAAAGCAGUAUUCUUCUGGAGUAUCCCAACUCACCCUCAGAUAUGGCAUGAACCCCCAUCAAAAACCUGCACAGAUAUUCACUACCCUACCAAAUUUACCAUUGACAGUUAUUAAUGGCUCACCAGGCUUCAUAAACUUAUGUGAUGCUUUGAACGGAUGGCAACUUGUUAAAGAGUUGAAAAAAGCUCUUGGUUUACCUGCUGCCACAAGUUUUAAACAUGUGUCACCUGCUGGAGCUGCUGUGGGUACGCCACUCAGUGAUAUUGAGGCGAAAGUGUGUAUGGUGGAUGAUUUAAUGAAACAAUUAACUCCUUUGGCAACUGCUUAUGCCAGGGCUAGAGGUGCAGAUCGUAUGUCUUCUUUUGGCGAUUUUAUUGCCUUAUCAGAUGUUUGCGAUGUGCCUACUGCUAAAAUAAUUUCUAGAGAAGUUUCCGAUGGUGUUAUUGCCCCAGGAUAUACGACAGAAGCUUUGGAAAUUCUCAAGAAAAAGAAAAAUGGAGGCUAUUGUGUGCUACAAAUCUGCCCUAACUAUGAACCAGAUCCAAUUGAACGUAAAAUACUAUUCGGCCUUACACUAGAACAACAGAGAAAUAAUGUGAUUAUCGAUAAAAACUUAUUCGCUAACAUUGUAACAAGCAACAAAACUUUGCCUGAUUCAGCUAUUCGUGACUUAAUCGUAGCCACCAUUGCACUAAAAUACACACAAAGUAACUCUGUAUGUUAUGCAAAGAAUGGACAAGUAAUUGGUAUCGGUGCUGGUCAACAAUCCAGAAUACAUUGCACACGUUUGGCUGGUGAUAAGGCAGAUAAUUGGUGGUUGAGACAACAUCCUAAAAUCUUGAAUAUGAAAUUCAGAAAUGGUGUUAAGAGAGCCGAAAUUUCAAAUGCUAUUGAUAAUUAUGUAAAUGACACCGUUGGUAAAGAUAUGGACAGAGCGUCUUUCGAAGCUAUGUAUGACACAGUACCCGAGCCACUAACCCCAACAGAACGUAAAGCUUGGAUGGCUCAGUUGAAAGGUGUAGCAUUAGCAUCUGAUGCAUUCUUCCCAUUCAGGGAUAAUGUCGAUAGAGCAUUCUUGAGCGGUGUAUCUUAUAUUGGAAGCCCUGCUGGAUCUAACAAUGAUGAAGUUGUAAUUGAAGCCUGUAAUGAACAUAAAAUAACUUUAGCUCACACAAACCUCCGAUUGUUCCAUCAUUAAAUUUACAGUUUCUAUUUUCAAAUCAAUUGCAUAUUUUUAUAAUUUCAUUAUAAUAAUGAAUCUGAGCGGAAAAGCUAUAUGAAACCUAAAUUUGAAAUGAAUCUAUUUUUUGGUAAAUAAUUUAUUAUUUUAGAAUAAAAAUAUUUCGAUUUAUAAAAAUUUUUUAUAGAAUAUACUUUCUUUCAAUUUUUGGAA